UGUUCCUUCCUCCCACCACAUUAUGGCGCACGCUGGGCCCCCCUUGGAGGAAGGGGGGCGCAUGGGCCCACCGACUGGACCUCAGCUGCCGCGGCUUAUCGGACAGACCGACUGCGCUCUUCCUGACGUUCGCACUCAACAUUUCUCAGAAUGAUGACGAAGCUCACUUUGGGUGGCGCACUGCUGAUCUGUCUGGUAGCCGUGUGCUCAGCCGCUCCCGCACCGAGACCCCAACACGGCAAAGAGGGCGCGUUCCUGACGAACGAGGCUAUCCGACAAGUGCAGAGCACACAUCUCAUUCCGCAAGGGGCCCAAAUCCAGAAAGUCCAAGAGGGCGUUGAGAUCGCCGCCUACGAAUCCAUCCCUGGGGACCAGCGCAUCAACCUCGUUGACAUCCUUGGCGACCACGUCCCACCAGAGGUAGUCAACAACCUCCAGUCCCAAAUCGACCAGGUUGGCAAAGCUAGGUAAAAUUCUCAGCCUACACUGCGACGCGUAAUGACCUGAGAUCAUAAGUCAUCGAGUAUACAUCAUUUCCUCCAGAUUUUUACUCCCCGAGAUGGAUGAAGCUUCUACAAAUCAAGAAAUUUACUGAUAAAAUCCAUCGUCAUUUUAGGAAAGGGGCUCCAUCAGAAAGCACCAGUGUAUGUACAAAAUUUAGUGACCCGUUUUCGGUGACUUAUUUAUGGACCAAAGUAUUCAAAGUGAGAGGUUCCAGGGGAACCGGUGCAAAAUUAAAAGAGGAAAUCUAGCGCCUCAGGCGUAUAUCGCCAAAAGAAUACGUUUUCAACUUUUAGAUUGAUUUAAAAAGUGUGAAAUUUAAAUUAAAAUCGUAAAAUAUUACGUAUACGGCACAAUUUUAUGAGCUGAGGAAAAUUGUUAAGCAAGAGAACGCUAGCUCUAUCAAAAAAACGCAAUAUUUCCUUCUUUAUGUGCCAGCAUGGACGAAUUUAAUUUAUUUCGUCCCAUUCCCUGUAUAAAAAGGUAAUUUUUGGGGACUGCUUGAAACAAUGCCAAGUAAGCAACACACCAGAAAUUUUGAGCUUCUCAUAAACAUUAACUUGAACCUAAUAUUUUUGGCUCGACUAUGGCAAAUUGUCAGCAAUACUCACAGAUGGAUCACAUUUUUGAGGGGGAAAAGAACAUUGAAUUGUGAUGCAACAUUUUGGAUGAUGUGCACAUGGAGUGUUGCAAAAUUCUCGUCAUGAACUCUCAUGUUAGCGAAAAAAUGAUUUUUAAGCUCGCAGCAUUUGCAUUCUGCUAGCUUUACUUGCCCACUCAUAGCAGGGCGCUAGGGACAAGACUUUUAGAACACCCCAUGUAUAUCAUCCAUACAAGGGACCGGUUUGGACCAGUCCUACCUUACCAUUAUGUAUUUAUCCUCCUAAACUAUUUCAGACGGCUAUACAUUCAAGCAUUUCAAUUUUUGCAUAAUUGGCGUUUGCUUGCAAUGGUUAUGAUAUAAAUCUACAUAUCAGUAUCUUUUUCCCCGUGGGUGAAUAAUUUGUUCCAUUAGACCCCUCAUUGUUUCUCUUUCUUUUAUUGUACAUCAAGAAAAAUAAAUGAAUAGGACAAUAA